CAAUCCCCUCAGAUCGACUGCAUCUGUUCCAGAGAUAUCUAUCUCGCGCUCGAGCGUCUCAGCUGAAUCUAUGAGCCGGUCGAAUCAGCCUGGCAUUGUUCGUGGCAGCUUCUAGAUCGUUAAAAGCCAACUAACGCCGUUGGUUUCAAGAACGCCCACGAUGCGGUUCUCCGACCUGUCCUCCUCCUCCGUGUUUGCCUCCCUCCUGCUCACUCUUCCCUCGUUAUCCGCUGCCUUCUAUCUGCCUGGUGUCGUCCCGACGUCGUACGAUGAAGGCCAGGUUGUGCCGCUGUACGUCAACCGUCUCACCCCGGGGUUAGCACGACAGGACGACCAGCUUCACUCGGUGCUAUCCUACGAUUACUACCAUCCGGCAUUCCAUCUGUGCCGGCCGAAAGACGGACCUCAAGAUGUCCGGGAAUCGUUGGGCAGCAUUCUGUUCGGCGACCGGAUCCGCACCUCCCCCUUUGAACUGCACAUGGCCAAGAACGAGACCUGCAAGGCCGUCUGCGAACCGGUCACCUUCGACUCACGAAGCGCCAUGUUCACCAACCGGCGGAUCGUCCAGGGCUACAACAUCAACUGGCUGGUGGAUGGCCUGCCCGCGGCGCAACUCAACCUGGACUCCAUCACCAACACGCAGUUCUACAGCCCUGGCUUUGCCCUGGGGUCGAUCCACGAGAGCGGCCAGCCCGUCCUGCACAACCACUUCAAUAUCCUGAUCGACUACCACCACGUUGGCCUCGGCUCCAAGGACAAGUACCGGGUCGUCGGCGUGCUCGUCCAGCCCGAAUCUCGCCUGCGUUCGACCGCUCUGUCCGAUGGCUCGGCCGAGUGCGGCGACGACGGCGACACCACCCCCAUGGUUCUGGCCGAGGAUGGCGAAACCGUCGUCUCCUGGACUUAUAGUGUUUACUGGCGCGAGUCGCCCACCGCCUGGGCAACCCGCUGGGACAAGUACUUGCACGUCUACGACCCCAAGAUUCACUGGUUCUCUCUCAUCAACUCGGCGGUCUUUGUCGUGUUUUUGGUCGGCAUGGUCAGCAUGAUCCUUUUGCGCGCGCUGAAGAAGGACAUCGCCCGCUACAACCGGUUGGACGUCAUGACCCUGGACGAUCUCGAUGGAACGUCUGCCGCAAUCGAAGACGGCAUCCAGGAGGACUCGGGCUGGAAAUUAGUCCACGGCGACGUCUUCCGCUGCCCUCAAUCCCCUCUCCUGCUCAGUGUUCUCCUGGGCAAUGGCGCCCAGCUGUUCAUGAUGACUGGUGUGACUGUUGCCUUCGCUCUCCUUGGUCUCCUCUCUCCCGCCAACCGCGGGUUCCUGGCCACCGCUAUUCUGUUGAUUUAUACCUUGUUCGGCUUCAUCGGCGGUUAUGUCUCCUCUCGCGCCUACAAGUCCUUUGGCGGAGAAGCCUGGAAACGCAACAUCCUCUUGACCCCGCUCCUGAUCCCGGGUUUCAUCUUCGCCGUCUUCUUCCUGCUGAACCUGUUUGUCUGGGCUCAGGGCUCCAGCGGUGCCGUGCCUUUUACGACCAUGCUUGCCCUGGUUGCCAUCUGGUUUGUCAUCAGUGUCCCCUUGAGCGUGGCGGGUAGCUGGUUAGGCUUCAAGCAACGGGCUCUUGAAGGACCUACCAAAACGAACCAGAUUCCGCGCCAAAUCCCUCCCAUGAGCGGGACUCUGCGUCCGAUCCCCUCGCUAUUUCUCACCGGCAUCCUUCCCUUUGCCGCCAUUUUUGUCGAGCUGUACUUCAUCAUGAACUCCCUGUGGACCAACAAGAUCUACUACAUGUUUGGCUUCCUCUUCGUCUGCUACGGCCUCAUGAUCAUCACCUCCGCCACGACGACCAUCCUGUUGGUCUAUUUCCUGCUCUGUGCCGAGAACUACCGCUGGCACUGGCGUGCCUUUGCCGGCGCGGGCAUGACUGGCGGCUAUGUCUUUAUCAACGCUCUCAUCUUCUGGGCUACCCGCGUCAGCUUCGGCGGGUUGACUGGCGCCGUCCUUUAUGUUGGAUACUCUGCCUUGAUCGGAUUCCUUGUUUUCGUCCUCACCGGUUCUAUCGGUUUCUUCUCCAGUUGGGCCUUUGUGCACCGCAUCUAUGGCUCGAUCAAGGUUGACUAGAGAGAUUAACUCUCGCCCUCCCCAUGACAAACGCUGUGGGAAACUAUUCCGUUGAUUAAAAAGCUGCAACUCGACCGCGUGUAUUAGUGAGUUGAGGCAUCGCCAUGCCUCCUGGAUGCUGUAGACUGGAGUUCGUUUGUUCUAUUGAUUCCAGAUAUCCUUUUGCAUAGUCGAGGCGACUCUUGUAUUGUAUAUAGACCAUGAUCACCUAGUAUUCUUCUAUUCUCUCCAACAUUGUCUCUUUAAUACAUCGAAUCUCC